AUGUCGCCAUUCCGUCUAAGCUCCCGGCAGUCGUCUGCCGUAGCCACUGGCGCGAGCGUGGCCUUACGUGCCAUAGACGCCCACACGGACGUCACAUCUCACCCCAGGAAGCAGCGUGAAGCCGACAUGACCGCCAACAGGGACACGGCAGCCAUCAGAGUGCCCGAGAAGGCCUCUGAUGGGAACGUGACGGCCAGUGCAGCUGGUCGCAGGAAGGGACCUUCACCACCAGAGACGGCCAAUGGUGCUGCCGGUGCUGGUGGUGUUGGUGUGGGGAGAGGCCCUGGUGGUGAGUACGACGAUACCGCGAUGAUGAUCGGACCAGGCGUCGGCAUCCGCACAGGAGGUGAGAGAGAGAGAGACAGGGAGAGGGAGAGGGAGAGGGAGAGGGAGGAGGACCAACACACACGCGGACACGUAUGUUGUGUGUUUGUCACUCGUUGAUGUGUGCAGGUGGCCGAGGUGACCCUUUGCUGCCUUGGCCGAUGUGACGAGGACAUCCGGCAGCACAGACGCCCCCCGCCCCCUCCACUCACCCGCACCACAGGACGGCCCCAAGACACUCACACUCACCACAAACCACUCUGGCUACAUGAAUGAGGAGAUGGAGCUUGUGGAUGCGGUGGAACGUGUCGUAUAUCGCUACGCACUGGUUGCCAUACAGUUCCUUGACAGGUGUGCACGCGCGUCAUAACGCGCAUAGCACCUGACAACACGACACUCUCAUUCACGCGUUCUUUGUCCGGUGUGGUGUGUCGGUGUGCAGCAGCGAGGCCAUGGAGGCGGCCCUUCGCCGCAGCCGGCAUGUGUCGUUCCACCAGUCACCGUCAUCGCCCCCUCUUGAUGCGAAUGGUGCAUCAUCGGCCACCAUGCAUUCCAUGCUGUUGUGUGGGUCACUCAAUCGUUGA